ACCAUCCAAGGGCGCCGUUGCUUAGCAACACAUUCACGUGCGCCAUUAAAGGAGUAUGGCUCACGACAUUGCGAGCCCAUAUCUAAUGCUAUAUAUUUGCCAACUAGACAGGAAAGCAUACACUCGGGCGCACGACAGCACACGCCACACUAUGUGAAUACACAAUGUGCCCGUGUACGUAUGCGUGCAAUGUCCACCCACUCUACUACAGACAAUAGUGUCCCGAAGCGUCGUAGAGGCUACGCAGAUACAGCUCGUUUAUACGUCCGCUCUGGGUCAGGUGGCAUGGGCGGUGCCAGUUAUGGCGGCACGGGAGGUGAUGGUGGGGGUAUAAUACUCAGGGCUAAGCGAUGUGGCAUGCCUUUGGUAAAGCGUGUGCAGGCUGAGAAUGGGGGCAAUAGCAGCCGGAAAGGGGGAGUUAGAGGGGUCUCGGCCAAGGAUGUGGUGGUGGAUAUACCGGUGGGUACGGUGGUGAGUAUCGAGCAGGAGGCAGGUGACGGGGCGGUAGGUAUAGUAGGUGGUAAUACCGCAGAGGAGAGUACGGGCGUGGGUAAGAAUAGCGGGAAGAUGCAUUUGCUAGAUGAAUGCAUACGGGACGAUGGUAGUAAAGGGUUUGAUAUGGAUAAAGAAGGCCAGACGUUAAUGGUUGCGAAAGGGGGAAGGGGAGGCAGUAUACAGACCCAAGAUUAUAACCCAGAACGGGGUGUGCGUCGAGUAAUUAAGUUGGAGCUUAAAUCCAUCGCGGAUAUAGGGUUGGUAGGGUUUCCGAAUGCGGGCAAAUCAACCCUGCUCACGCUUAUGUCGGAUGCCAAGCCUGCAAUAGGCAGCUAUCCCUUCACCACACUAAGACCUCAGAUAGGGGUGGUUCAUUACGAUAACAACCUGGACGGUGGCACUAUACUGGAGACAGGUACGAGUGUAUCAUCGGGGGAUUUGGGACAACAAGCCAACACAGACAACCCCAGCACAGCACACACACAGUACACUACAGUGCAAUUGCCUCGUUCACCGAUUAAAAUCGCGGACAUACCUGGGAUCAUCGAGGGUGCGAGUGAGAAUGUGGGGAUGGGACACAAGUUCUUGCGCCAUAUCGAGCGCACGAAGGGCCUGGUGUUUGUGGUCGAUGUGAACGGGUUUUCGCUGAACGUAGACGACACACACCGUAGUGCGGCCGUAUGCCUAGAGCAAUUGGUGAACGAACUGGCGCGUUACAGUGACGGCAUGCUACUCACUAAACCCUGUAUCAUUGUGGUCAACAAAAUCGAUACGCUGGAAUACUCGGACAAGCUUGCUAGUGCCAUCCCCGACACCAGUGUUGAUCCGGAUGAGACCCAUUUUAAGACCUCUAUGUUUGAAAAGUUGCCCCAUAUAAAUGAGGAAAUGAGUGACAUCGAUUCUAGUGCCACUUCUGGUGAUGUCACAACCAAUACAGGGGAUGAACUUCGACUAAAGGAGUUGUAUGAAGACAUACGUGAACUGUCUACUGGGGCGGGUUUGUUAGUGCACAGCAUCGUACCACUCUCGGCGCACACAGGACUGGGUAGAGAUCGGCUGAAGCGCGCUUUGCGUGCCAUAUGUGAGGACACCUCUGGUGACGAUUGGGAUAAUGAGAACUAAAGUUGAACACCGACUUGCAAUUGAUCUUAUUAAUAGUAAAAUAUAUGAAUUGGUGAUAGAGUGAUAGGUUUUCGGGGUGUAGAUAUAUGUACUACCACACCCAUUGAACGAGUGGCCAUGCGCCUGACCGCGCAGGCGAAUCGGCUCAAGCUCCGAGGCUACUAGUUAUCAAAUUUGAGUGGCCUGUACGACUCGCCCCAUGGGUAUAGUCCGCCAUUAUACUUACUGAAAAAGUUUAUUCAAAUGGCAUGUGUGCACGACAGUGCUCGGUUCCGGCUCGCAAAUGCUUCGCUAGCACGUACUUUCAUUUAGGGGCUUGUUUGUCGGACAUAUAUGUACAACUCACGAGCUUAAUACUCUUGUGAACUCGAACUCGCUUGCCACUGAAUUUGCCUUUUAAACGCAAAGUUAGUUAGCCUGAAUAAAAACAUAGUCCGC